AGACAUCAUCUUGUACUUAGCCAUUUGGCGAGGAGUCCACAUCGUGCUGAGUGUACACAAAAAUAUUUUUAACGGAUAAUGGAUUUAAACGAUGAUGAAUCAAGUGUAAAUCAGGAACCCGUCGUCUCCCCUGGAGCCCACGAUAAAGUUGUUGAUCUGAAAGCCAAGAUGGUUAGCAGUGAAAUGAGCCAUGCCAACCAUGCUGAACAGAAUGGACAUGCCACCCUUCCAAUGACCAAAGAUGAAGAUAGGCACAAAAGUUCCAAGCACUCAUCAAGCUCCAAGCAUGGACACAGCUCAUCAUCAUCUAAGCACUCCAGCAGCAGCUCUAACAAGCAUCACAGUAGCUCUAGCUCAUCCAGCAAACACCGAGAUAGCAGCAGUUCUAGUUCUCACAAGCAUAAGGAUAAAGACAGGAGCAGCUCAAGCUCAAAGGAUAAGAGCUUGAGCAGUAAGCAUUCCAGCUCAUCUCACAAGUCUAGCUCAAGUAGUGGCCAUAAGGAAGGCAGUUCCAGCAGUCAUAGAGAAGGAAGUUCUAAAGAUAAAAGUUCAAGCAGCAGCAAAGAUCGAAGCUCUAGCAGUCACAAAGAGGGUUCGAGCAAACACAGCUCAUCAAGCAGCCACAAGCAUAGUUCCUCCUCGGGCAAGCACAAAGAUGGCAGCAGCUCCAAGCACAGCUCCUCUUCUGAGCAGAAACAUAAAGAAAAAUUAAAGGAGGAGGUUGAAAAGGUGAAGGUCAAGACUGAGCCUACUUCUCCAGUCAAGACAUCAGGAAAGGAAAAAUCUCCCAGUCGGUCCCCCAGCAAGAGAGAUUCGUCACCCAGUAAGAGGGAUUCGUCACCCACUAAGAGGGACUCAUCACCAAGUAAGAGGCAGUCUAAUUCCAUAAAGUCUGUCAAGGAAGAGGAAAUGAGUGACGAUGAAAUACCUUUGGCUACUAGAAUAAAGAAGGAACAACCCACAGAGAAGAGGCGACAUGAAUCGGACGAUGAUGACGAUGACGAACCUCUGUCUGCAAGAAUCGAAAAAGAAAAGAAGAAGAUCAAAAAAGAAGUAAAGGUGGAAAAAAGCAGUCCUAAAAAGAGAAAACAGGAUGAUUCAGAUGAUGAUUUUCCCAAGAAGAAGAAAAAGAAAGUGAAGCCUGAAAGUGGGAAACAGGAGAAGAAAUCUGUAACAAAAAAAGGUGUCAAGGAAGAGGAGACACAUGAAGUCUGGAGAUGGUGGGAGGAGGAACGCCGCGAGGAUGGGGUAAAAUGGACAUUCCUGGAACACAAGGGACCGCUGUUUGCUCCAGAUUAUGAACCACUGCCAGAUGACAUCAGAUUCUACUAUGAUGGGAAAGUGUUCAAACUGUCAGAGUCUGCAGAAGAAGUAGCCACGUUUUAUGCUAAGAUGUUAGAGCAUGACUACACCACAAAGGAUGUCUUCAACAGCAACUUCCUGAAAGACUGGAGAAAGACAAUGACAUCAAAGGAGAAGGACUUGAUUAAAGAUUUGAAGAAAUGCAACUUCAAAGAACUGGCAGAGUAUUUUAAGCUCAAAUCAGAGGAAAGAAAAAAUCGAUCUAAAGAAGAGAAAAAGGCUGAGAAAUUGAAAAAUGAUGAAAUUCAGAAAGAGUAUGGAUUUUGUCUUAUGGAUGGUCACAAAGAGAAGAUUGGAAACUUCAAAAUAGAACCCCCAGGAUUGUUUAGAGGAAGAGGGGACCAUCCCAAACAGGGCAUGUUGAAGACCAGGACUCUCCCGGAGGAUGUUAUCAUCAACUGCAGCAAGACAGCGAAAAUUCCCAGCCCACCACCUGGUCACAAAUGGAAGGAAGUUCGCCAUGAUAAUAAGGUCUCGUGGCUUGCAUGUUGGAAUGAGAACAUUCAGGGAAGUACCAAAUAUGUUAUGCUGAAUGCAGCCUCCAGAUUGAAGGGAGAGAAAGAUUGGCAGAAAUACGAGACGGCAAGAAGACUGCAUAAAUGUGUGGACAAAAUCAGAGCUACAUACAGAGAGGACUGGAAGUCUAAGGAAAUGCGGAUCCGACAGCGAGCCGUGGCUCUGUAUUUCAUUGACAAACUCGCGUUGAGAGCUGGUAAUGAGAAGGAAGAAGGUGAGACAGCUGACACGGUGGGUUGCUGCUCUUUAAGGAGGGAACACCUGACCCUUCAUGAGAAAUACGACGACAAGGAAUAUGUGGUAGAGUUUGAUUUCCUGGGUAAGGACUCCAUCCGAUACUACAAUCGAAUACCUGUGGAGAAGAGGGUCUUCAAAAAUUUGCAGCUGUUUAUGGAAAACAAAGCCGGAGAAGAUGAUGUCUUUGAUCGCUUAAAUACCACAAUUCUGAACAAGCAUCUUCAUGACUUGAUGGAUGGCCUUACAGCUAAAGUAUUCCGUACAUACAACGCUUCACGGACUCUGCAAGAACAACUGAAUAUCUUGACUGAAGCUGAGGAUGGAAUGGCUGCUAAGUUACUGUCAUACAACAGGGCGAACAGAGCUGUAGCAAUCCUGUGUAACCAUCAGAGGGCAGCCCCUAAAAACUUCAGCAAACAGAUGGAAAACCUGCAAAACAAGAUCGAGGACAAGAAGACUGCCAUCAAGGAAGCAAAGAAGAAUGUCAAGGAUGCCAAGGUUGAUUACAAAGCCACAAAGACGGAGAAGGCAAAACAGGCUUUGACCAAGAGGAAGGCCCAGUUGGAACGUCUGGAGGAACAACUGACCAAACUUGAAGUACAGGCAACUGACAAGGAAGAAAAUAAGGAGAUAGCCCUUGGAACAUCUAAACUGAACUAUUUGGAUCCCCGAAUUUCAGUUGCAUGGUGCAAGAAAUGGGAAGUUCCUGUAGAGAAAAUCUACAACAAAACUCAGCGCGAGAAGUUUAGAUGGGCAAUCGACAUGGCAGAGGCUGACUUUGAAUUUUAAUGACAGUGAAGUUUUAGCUAGCAGAUAAACUAUUUAUUAUGGAUACAAAGGGCAUGGCCUGUAUUUAGGUUUCAUACAGAUCCAAAAACGAGGUGCAGAUGAUAGACAUCUUUUUUACAUGUGUAAACAAAUUAUCAGAGAAUGAAAAAAGGUCAAAUAAGGAGUUAAUGGUCCGAUCCUGUGUUUAGACGAUACAUAGUAACAGCAAUUUUGUAGUAUGUGGCAAACAUGAUGAUUGUAGAUUUUGUAAGAAUUGUAAUACGUGUAUCCGUGUCGUACAUAUUUUGGAUGAUUUUGUUGAAAUAUGUGCAUGGUUUUUGGUUUUUUUUAAAGUCAUGAAUAUAUUUUAUUGUCUACUAUGUCAAUGAAUUGUUUAAGUUUUAAUCAUGAAUUGAAUACUUUCUACAUAUUGGACAUAAAUCAUGCUUUUACAAAAUGAAUUUUUAAAAAAAAAAUCUAAUAAGUGUAUAAAGAAGGCAAACUAAUGCAUCAUUGGGCUUUUUUUUAAAUGCACUAAAAGAAAAAUACACUCUGUUAUGAAGUAGAAUUAUAUAAAAUAAUGACUGAAAGCAAAUUUUAUUUUUCUUGAUUAGUGGCUCCCAUUUUAAGAUAUUUUUGGAUUUUAUUCACUAAAUAUGUAAGAACUGGAAUAUUUAAGGAAUUGAUCAUUUGAAACUUUUCUGAUUAAAGAUAUUGUAUAGAAAGUAAUUGGGUAAUAUACAUGUAAUUAUGAACUAAUUUGUGAACAGCCACUCUAAUGGGUAAUUUAUGCGUGAAAUUUGAACACAUUUUUUUUCCCCAUAUGAAUGUGAAGAGAAUAUGAAUGAUGUGUAUACAUGUAAAUUUCAGGAGGAAUGUGUCUCGCCAGUGUCAUCUUCAUAGACUUGCAUUUCCCCCUCUCUGCAAACUUCAUUCACAUUUUAUUAAGGGUCUCAUUUUAUCAAUUGAGGUAAAAGUUAUCUUGGUGCAGUGUAGGUAAUUGAAGAAUUGUAUUGAACACAUUCUGUUUACAAUUGAAUUACUGUUCAUACUGAGGGGAGGGGGUCCUUAAAUGUCAUGGGGUGAAAUGAGUAAUUGUGAAUUUUUAAAAAAAAAAAACUAUUUAAAAAAACCAGCAUGAAGAUUUCUUAGAAAUAUAACUUACCAAUUCUUUUGGUAUUAUGUUUUGUAAUUGUUCUUGCAUUGAAAAUUACAUACAUUGUAUAUGAAUUAAUUUGCUUUCAAAAGUUGGAAGAUUCAUUUCAAGUGUCUUUGAUCAGUACUAUACUUGUAUAUGUCCAAGCCAACGAUCAGGGUGUCUGAGAAGCAUACAAAAUUAUUCAUCAUUAAGAAAACAACCCACAACUUGGUAGACUACCUCAAAUUUAGGCACCUGUCAUCGUUAAUACACUGUAUCCAUUACGACAGAACUGCAUGUCACACUCCUAGUUGCUAUUUAGUCUUUCAUUUAUUUUAUUCCAAACAUACAAAGCUUUUGCAUGUUGACUCGUAAAAGUAGAUCUCGCAAUUUCUGAAAAUUAGUAGCUCGAGUACCGAGUAGAAAAUAACGAGGUUGUGUCAAAUGUUUUUAUCAGAAAUCCCAUGAAAUUCCACGACAAAAUGAUGACGUUGUUAUAAACUCUGUGAUGGCUCUCCUUAAUGGUGUGCCGUGUUAUCAUUUGUGUGAUACAACAUAUAUUUUUGAAGCUCAUUGUUUUCCUUGUUAUGGAAUGCACACAACCAAUGGAAUAUCAAAGCAUUGUUCAGCAAUUCCUAAUAUUACUGUCCAAAUAAACAUGAUAUGAAAUGGA